AUGUGGGAUGGGGAGAUUGGCGAGCAUCGUUCAAGAGAUCUAUUUUUAUUUGAAAGUUAUCUGGGCAAUGACGGAUUUACUGCAGGCUCAAGCUCAAUUACCGACUGUUUCUACGUUAACGGUGUUGAUCAAGCAGUGACAUUCGUGUGUGAAAGUUUUAAUGGAACAUAUCCAAAAAGCAACUGUUACCAAUUACUUUUCAAAGAUAAUUUGUGGGCAACCAAUAGAGCCAAAUUGAAAGCACUAAAAAUUGGUAGCUGUAGAGGAUCAGGAUUCAAUGAAGAUCUUUUCAAAACUUUCGAAAAUUUACGUGAAUUUGAUUUUUCAUUUUACGGAGUGACAUAUUUAAAUUCCAAAAUUUUAAAUCUAAGGAAGUUGGAAAUACUGAAUGCAUCGCAUAACCUACUCCCAAGCAUUCCGAGUGGCCUGUUCUCUAAUACACCAAAUAUCACGGACGUAGAUUUUUCAUACAAUAAAUUCACUUCAGUUGAUGAAGUUUAUUUCAAAGGAGCUGCAAAAUUAACCAAAAUCAACUUUUCGCAUAAUCAAAUCUCAGUAUUGAAUAGUGCCAUCUUUAAAGACCUCAAUGAACUGCAUUCAGUAGAUUUGAGCAGUAAUUUAAUAAGAACUAUCAACAAGAACCUGUUCAACAAUAAUCACAAAUUAAAAGUACUACGAUUGGAUAACAACCCGUUGCAAACGUUUGAUUUUCUUCCCAAUUUCAUGAAAUCAGCUUCAGUGAAUAUUACACUGAACCAUAUUUCGCGACUUGAUGUAAGUUCUUUAGGAGGUUCCGUUCAAGUUGAUUUAGUAAACGAAAAUGAGGUGCUUUUCCGUUUAACUGAAAGUAAUUCCAAGCUAAUCAUAAUAAAGGAAAGUUUUGAAAGCUUAAAUUACUUGAAUAUCUCUGGAAAUCACAUCGAAAACACUGCACAGAUCGUUGAUUUAUUGGGAUCAUCAAUUGAAACAUUGGAUGUGUCAUCGAAUUUUAUGGAGAAAUUAAAUGUGCAGACUUUUGAAAAAUUCAUCAAUUUAAAAAGUUUGAAUGUGAAAAGUACAAACCUGAGCGCCAUCAAUUUCGACCAGUUGCAGAAUGUUUCGUUUUCCACGCACAACAAAAAUUUAGAGUCACUGAAUUUAGAGAGCAACCCGAUUGUUCGUUUCGAUUGUAACAUUUUUACACUGCUUAAGAAAUCAGUUGCAGUUCAAGUUUCCUGUGAUCAUAUCAAAGAAAUUGAUACAAGCUGCAUGGAGAAUGCGUUAAAAAUCGACUUGGAUGUCAAAGGGAUCAUAUUCCGAGUUUUAAAUCACUUAAAUCGCUACUCCGAACUGAAAUGUCGCAAAGAAACGUUACAAAAUGUCAAAUAUUUGAAUAUCUCCAGCAACGAGCUCGAAAAUACACCUCAAAUAAUCGCAUUGCUGGGAUCAUCCAUCGAAAUAUUGGACGUGUCUUUAAACUUUCUACGCAAAUUAGACGCCAACAUCUUCGAAAAGUUCGAAAAUUUGAAAUAUUUGAAUUUGAAACAAACGCAGCUGUCGAAAAUCUCUUCAGACACGAUGCAUCAUCUCCCGUUCUAUCGAAAUGGCAAGAAAUUGCAAGAGCUGUACAUGGAUAGAAAUCCAAUAGAACGAUUCGAUUGUAAUGUACUUUUGCUAUUGAUGAGUUCAAUUUUGAUCGAAGUUUCAUGGGAAAAUGUUAAAGAGAUCGAUACAAGUUGUAUGGGCGAUUCGUUCCAAAUGCAUGUGGAUAAAGGAAAAAAAGAUGUCAUUUUUCAAAUACCAAACGAUAACUCUGAGUUACACUGUUUGAAGGAACAUUUUCAGAAAUUAAUUUAUUUCAAUAUUUCUGGGAAUCAUUUCAAGAAUACGGCGGAAUUGAUAGAUCUAUUCGGACCCGCUUUACAAACACUAGAUGCAUCGUCAAACUUUAUCGGAAAAUUAAAAGCAAAAACCUUCAAAAAGUUGCUUAAUCUGCAGUAUCUCAAUCUCAGCAACACCAAUCUAUCGAACUUUUGCUUCAACACUUUUUACCAUCAAACUAAACUGAAGACACUCGAUUUGUCUUUCAACCGAAUGAGGAAGGUGGACUUCACACUAUUCCUGAGAAAUUUUAGAACAUUAACCACU